AUGUACACAAAGUUUGGCCGAGUCAAACCCGCGCGUUACCUGUUCGACGAAAUGCCUCUGAGAAACGAAGUCUCUUGGAAUACCAUGAUGUCGGGGAUUGUCCGUGUUGGAUUGUACGGUGAAGCUAUUGACUUUUUCCGGAAAAUGUGUGGUCUUGGGAUUAAACCAAGUACCUUUGUGAUUGCUAGUUUGGUAACAGCUUGUGGUAGGUCAGGUUCUAUGUUAAGAGAAGGGGCUCAAGUUCACGGCUUUGUGGCCAAGUCUGGUUUGCUCUCUGACGUUUAUGUGAGUACUGCGAUUUUGCAUCUUUAUGGGGUUUAUGGAUUGGUUUCUUGUUCAAGGAAGGUCUUUGAGGAGAUGCCUGACCGAAAUGUGGUGACUUGGACUUCGUUGAUGGUUGGUUACUCGGAUAAGGGUGAGCCAGAGGAAGUCAUUGAUAUCUUUAAAGGUAUGAGAGGAGAAGGAGUCGGGUGUAAUGAAAAUUCCAUGUCUUUGGUAAUCAGUUCUUGCGGAUUGCUUAAAGAUGAAUCCUUGGGCCGUCAAAUUAUCGGACAGGUUGUGAAAUCGGGUCUGGAGAGUAAACUGGCAGUGGAGAAUUCGCUGAUAUACAUGUUUGGCAAUUUUGGGAAUGUAGACUCUGCAAAGGAUAUUUUUGAUCAAAUGUCUGAACUUGACACUAUUUCUUGGAAUUCGAUUGCUGCGGCAUAUGCACAGAAUGGUCAUUUUGAGGAAUCGGUUAGGAUUUUCCAUUUGAUGCGCCAUUUUCACGAUGAAGUGAAUUCCACCACAGUGUCAACUCUGUUAUCAGUCUUGGGUCAUGUGGAUCACCAAAAGUGGGGGAGAGGGAUUCAUGGUCUGGUGGUUAAAAUGGGGUUUGAUUCGGUUGUCUGCGUGUGCAAUACUCUUUUGAGAAUGUACGCAGGAGCUGGAAGAUCAGAAGAGGCAGAGUUGGUGUUUAACCAAAUGCCCGCUAAAGAUUUGAUCUCUUGGAACUCUUUGAUGGCUUGUUUUGUCGAGGAUGGGAGGAGCUUAGAUGCUUUAAGACUUCUCUGUUCAAUGAUAAGGACUGGAAAAUCAGUGAACUAUGUGAGUUUUACAAGCGCAUUGGCUGCUUGCUUUAGUCCCGAGUAUCUUGAUAAGGGUAGGAUCCUUCAUGGGCUUGUAGUGGUCACCGGUUUAUUUGACAAUCAGAUUAUUGGUAAUGCAUUGGUUUCAAUGUACGGAAAGUUAGGCGAGAUGAGCGAAUCAAGACGAGUACUGCUACAGAUGCCUAGACGAGAUGAAGUAGCUUGGAAUGCUCUCAUUGGUGGUUAUGCUGAGGAUGAAGAUCCUGACAAGGCACUGGCGGCGUUUCGAGCCAUGCGAGUGGAAGGUGUUCCUGCAAAUUAUAUCACAGUGGUAAGUGUUCUUGGUGCUUGCUUGAUGCCCGGUGAUUUGCUUGAACAUGGGAAGCCAUUUCACGCCUAUAUAGUUUCUGCUGGAUUUGAAUCGGAUGAACACGUGAAAAACUCGCUUAUCACUAUGUACGCAAAAUGUGGUGAUUUAAGCUCGAGUCAGGACCUGUUUAACAGAUUAGAUGAAAAGAAUGUCAUCACGUGGAAUGCUAUGCUUGCGGCAAAUGCUCAUCACGGCCAUGGAGAAGAGGUGCUAAAACUUGUGUCAAAGAUGAGAAGCUUUGGGUUGAAUCUGGACCAGUUUAGUCUAUCUGAGGCACUUUCUGCUGCUGCGAAGCUAGCGGUCCUAGAGGAAGGCCAACAGCUUCAUGGUUUAGCUGUAAAACUGGGGUUUGAACAAGACUGUUUCAUCUUUAACGCUGCUGCAGACAUGUAUAACAAAUGUGGGGAAAUAGGCGAAGUGGUGAAAAUGCUUCCUCCAUCGGUCAAUCGAUCGCUCCCGUCGUGGAACAUACUAAUAUCAGCUUUUGGAAGACACGGCUUCUUUGAGAAAGUGUGUGAGACUUUCCAUGAGAUGCUCGAAAUGGGAAUCAAGCCAGGUCAUGUCACAUUUGUCUCUCUUCUUACAGCAUGUAGCCAUGGGGGAUUAGUAGACCAAGGCCUUGCGUAUUACGACAUGAUUGCUAGAGACUUCGGUAUAAAACCAGCCAUUGAACACUGCGUUUGUGUAAUUGAUCUUCUUGGAAGAUCAGGGAGAUUAGCUGAAGCUGAAGCCUUUAUAUCUAAAAUGCCAAUGAAACCAAACGACCUCGUGUGGCGUAGUUUGUUAGCUUCCUGCAAAAUCCACGGGGAUUUGGACCGUGGGAGGAAAGCAGCGGAACAUCUCUCGAAGCUAGAGCCAGAGGAUGAUUCUGUGUAUGUCCUGUCUUCGAAUAUGUUUGCAACAACAGGUAGAUGGGAAGAUGUAGAGAGUGUGAGAAAGCAAAUGGGUUUCAAGAACAUCAAGAAGAAACAAGCCUGCAGCUGGGUGAAACUAAAAGACAAAGUGAGUACGUUUGGUAUCGGAGACAGAACUCACCCGCAUACAUUGGAGAUAUACGCAAAGCUAGAAGACAUGAAGAAGCUGAUCAGAGAAUCUGGGUAUGUGGCGGAUACAAGCCAGGCGUUGCAAGAUACAGAUGAAGAACAAAAAGAGCACAAUCUUUGGAAUCAUAGCGAAAGACUCGCUCUUGCUUACGCCUUGAUGAGUACUCCUGAAGGUUCUACGAUUAGAAUCUUCAAGAACCUUCGCAUCUGCGGUGAUUGUCACUCUGUUUACAAGUUUGUUAGCAGAGUCAUAGGUCGUAGAAUUGUGUUGAGAGAUCAGUAUCGGUUUCACCAUUUUGAGAGUGGUGUAUGCUCUUGUAAGGAUUACUGGUGA